AUGUCUUCAUCCCAGAAACCUUCCACCCCAUGGCCAGAACAAACUGGCGUAUGGGCCACCUACGACCUUCACUGCCACUGCGGCGCCGUUCGCUUCAACAUGAAAGUCUCCCCUCCACUCUUUGAAGAUGAAGCAGAGGGAAAGGGAAUAUAUCCAGUGACAGAGUGUAACUGCUCACAUUGUGAGAGGCAGGGUCUUCAGGUUGUCCAUCCUCUCCAGAAGAACGUGAACCUCACUCAAGGCGAAGACGAAUUGACAAAGUACUACUGCGGCAACAAGAUGAACCCUCACUUGUUCUGCAAGCAUUGUGGAAGCGUGAUGAUGACGGACUUGACGGCUUUGGGCAAGAUCUUUCCAGGCGAGCUGCGAUAUACUGUCAACGUCCGUAUGCUGAAAGACUACGAUGUCAGCAAGCUUACGAUCAAGAAAGUCGAGUUCAUGAAGGACAUGCCGCCAAAGUAUAGCAUUGAUUGA